AUGUUCUCUGCUACUGUCUCACCGUCUCUCUCCGUUUCUCACACACUUUAUGCAGGCGACUUGCUUAUGCGCCAUCGGAGGCGCUGCCGGGGUCUGGCCAAAGGUGGGACUCGUCGGAAAGCCUGCGAUGCAUGUGUUCGGGCCAAGUCCAAGUGCUGCUACACCCAUCCUACCUGCUCUCGCUGUAUCAAAAGGGGAACAAAGUGCCUUUACAGCGCACAACCAGCUGUCCAAGCUUGGGCUUGCGCCGAGCACUUGAAGGAACCCUCAGGCGUCCAAAUCCAGGGCCUUCAAGCCCAUUCCUCCGGGGGUAGCCAAUCCCCUAUUCAUGACCUUCCGACCUGGAAUUUUCCGCUCUCGCCGUAUCCUUUGGAUACCUUGGACUUCAACACGGCAGAUUUUACAAACGUGUCUCCCAUCUCGCAUCUCGAGUCUGUAAUUGAGAGAUCGUAUGUACCGCCCACAACUCACGAUGACCCAUCAUCUUCGUCCACUGGACAAUCCUCGGGCGGCGGAACGAGGUCCCCCUCCAGCCCUCCGAUAUCGUCGACACCUCUCAUUCUCACUCGUGUCCUAGGCGACUACGCUUCGUCACUGAUCAAAGGCUCUUGUCUCGCUCCAUUUCUACACUUGCCAAAGGUCAAAAGCGUUGAACCCGACUUGGCGUCUUUCCCUUUCACCUCAAUGGCCAUUUGCAGCAGUACCAGCAUGAAUCUCUCGACCGACAAGCGGUUUUUCCGGCGGGCCAUAGAAGCAGCGCGCCAUGGGCUGAUUCUGAAUUUUCCAUCGUACGAAUGUAUGCAGCAGUGGGAUGCGAUACACGCCCUCUUGAUAUACGAGACCUUGGAGCUGAAAGAAGGCAUUGGCGUUGAGUCUGAGGGAUGGAGACUCGCCAUGCCAGUCAAGAAUCUAGAAAUGAGCUUUCUAUUGAAGAUGACAAGAAGCUACAUCGAGCCAUACGUACAGAUUCGCAGCUGUGACAUGGAUGCUUUCCGCGAUCGCAACUCGUCACCGUGUUCGCCGCAAACAACGACAUGGGGUCGGUGGAGGACCACCGAAACAACACGCAGAACAGUCUUCAUUGUCAACAUGAUCAACUUUCUCAACAAUUAUAAUCCUACGACAAGAAGCACCUCGCCUUAUUACGAACCGCUGAACGACGACCUCAUUCUCAACAUGCCGUUGCCCUGUAGCCAGACCGUGUGGCUAGCAUAUGAAGAGGAGAGUUGCCGACUUGCCAUGAAGAAUCAGCCUUUGUUCAAUCAUUCAACACCGGAAUUCGAUCAACCCACAAUGGAAGCACUGUCGAGAGAGACUUGCUUGAGCACUAUCCUCUCUAAAUACAGCAAGGAGAGCAUUCAAGCUGCGAUUGGCUCACAUGUUGGAGUGGGCGACUCAGACAGUUUGAGACGCCUGAUCAUACUCUGCGCUACUGAGCAGUUUCUCUAA